GGCUUCUGUGUGUUCAAAAAGUGUGCAGGAUACGGGGCUGAGACUUGAAGGACAACUUCUACAGCAUUGCAGCCAGGGACCCUCAUCAGAGCCGGCCUGAUAGAAGCCAUCCGCCUGGAGGCUGCAGCGCUGCUACUGACCUGCAUGAAAUCAGAGUUGGAGACUUUCCUGAACCAUGUUGGUGGUGCCGGUGUUCCUCAUCUUCCUUACCCUAUCUGUACCCGCAUUGGGGCAAUAUGAGCACUGGCAAUAUUAUCCUGAAUAUUACGAGCAACAGGCACCCGCUCCACAGCCAACACAACCACCCAAGCCUGCCCAGAAAGUCCACGUCCGUCUAGCAGGCGAGAAACGCAAGCACUCUGAAGGGAGAGUGGAAGUUUACUAUAAUGGAGAGUGGGGCACCGUGUGUGAUGACGACUUCUCCAUCCAUGCCGCUCAUGUGAUCUGUAGAGAACUUGGCUUCGUGGAGGCAUUAUCAUGGGCACCCAGCUCCAAGUAUGGCAAGGGAGAUGGUCCAAUCUGGAUGGACAAUGUGCACUGUACCGGCAGAGAGAACAGCAUUUCCUCCUGCAGCUCUAAUGGAUGGGGGGUUUCGGACUGCAAGCACAGUGAGGAUGUCGGCAUUCAGUGCAGCGACCGCAGGAUCCCUGGGUUCAAAUAUGAUAAUGCUUUGCAUCCACUAGUGCGCCUGAGAGGUGGGGCCAACACUGGAGAAGGACGAGUUGAGGUCCUGAAAAAUAAUGAGUGGGGAACUAUUUGCGAUGAUCGAUGGAACUUGGUAUCUGCCAGUGUGGUCUGCAGGGAGCUUGGGUUUGGCAGUGCCAAAGAGGCUUUAUCCGGAUCACAGAUGGGGCAAGGCAUGGGCCACAUUCACAUGAGUGAGAUCGACUGCACCGGUUUUGAGAAGUCACUUAUAGAUUGCAAAUUUAACAUGCACACCCCCAGUUGUACCCACGAGGAGGACGCAGCAGUGAAGUGUAAUGUGCCGGCUAUGGGUUUCCAGAACCAGGUUCGUUUGAGUGGGGGACGUAACCCCACAGAAGGACGAGUGGAAGUUCUAACGGAACACAAUGGCACCCUGCGUUGGGGCACUGUGUGCAGUGAGGGCUGGGGCACGAUGGAAGCCAUGAUUGUCUGUCGCCAACUAGGACUGGGAUUUGCCAGCCAUGCUUUCCAGGAAACUUGGUACUGGCAGGGUGACGUCACGGCCGAUGAUGUUAUUGUGAGCGGAGUAAAGUGCUCGGGCACAGAGAUGUCACUGUCACACUGCAGACAUGACGGGCCCCAUAUCAACUGCCCCAAAGGAGGAGGACGGUUCGCCGCCGGAGUGUCCUGUGCAGAGACUGCCUCUGAUCUUGUCCUCAAUGCCCCUCUGGUUGAACAGACCACAUACCUGGAGGACAGACCCAUGUUCAUGCUUCAGUGUGCCCAUGAAGAGCGCUGCCUCUCUUCCUCAGCCGACAAGGCCAGUUUCACCACCGGAUACCGGCGACUUCUACGCUUCAGCUCCCAGAUACAUAACACUGGACAGGCUGACUUCCGACCUAAGACUGGGCGCCAUGCCUGGGUCUGGCAUGAAUGCCACCGCCACUACCACAGUAUGGAGGUCUUCACGCACUACGACUUGCUGAGUUUAAAUGGGACCAAGAUUGCUGAGGGGCACAAGGCCAGUUUCUGUCUGGAGGACUCGGAGUGUGAGACAGAUGCACAGAAGCAGUAUGUGUGUGCGAACUUUGGUGAACAAGGGAUCAGUGUUGGCUGCUGGGACAUCUACAGACAUGAUAUUGACUGCCAGUGGAUUGAUAUCACUGACGUAGCCCCAGGAGAUUACUUCUUCCAGAUUAUCAUUAAUCCCAACCAGGAGGUAGCAGAGUCAGACUACACCAACAACAUCAUGAAGUGUCGAUGUCGAUAUGACGGCCAGCGUAUAUGGAUGUACAACUGCCAUAUAGGCGGCUCAUACAGCACAGAAACCGAGGAGAAAUUUGAACAAUUCAGCGGACUCAUCAACAACCAGCUGUCAUCCCGGUAGAACUGACAGGGGACGACAUUCAUCUCUUCCACAUCCAGAGAACAGGAUCAGCCUCUUGUGCUCGAACAGCAAGGCGGACAAUGAGGGGGAGGGGUCUAUUGGCUGCGGUGCUAGUCCUUGUGAGAGAGCGCUAUGCGGCAGUAUCCUCUGGAUAAUCUUACAUUCCCUGGUACUUGGCAACAGCAGCAGAAGAUCUUAAAUGAUGAGCAAUCUGAGUAUGUUCUAUGUCCUAUCCACUAUGAGUCACUAGAAUGGAACCCCACUAUCAGAUGUACCCACGUCACAGGAGGCCCAGGCCAGUAAUCUGGAUACACGCAACUAUUUCAAUUCUUCCAAAGAGACAUUUCAAGACGGACACAGUAGCGGCCCAUUUCAUCUAGGGCUGUGAUUCGGAGAUACUGAAGACUUUGUUGCUGCAAAUUCAUUUGAUUGUACACUCAGCUAGAAGUACAUGGUGCACCGACAGUGGUGCUUUGCUAGUCACUGAAAGUCUGCCAUGCUGAGUGGCUGUGUCAUUGAGAUGUGCAGCAUCAGGGACGGCACCAUUAGACCUACCCAACUGCUCCUGUUUUAGUAUCUCCGUGCACUCUGGGACUAUUAUAUCCACAUACUACGGAUUCCAUUUGGCAUUUAUGGUGCUAUUAACUCUUCCGCCAGUGGAUCCUUCAGCACUUUGCUGUUCUCCAGGUCAUACGCCUUGUGUCUGAUUGACAGAUCUGCCCUGCAGGGCCUGUAAUGUACUAUGCAUUGACAUGUGAAAUACACUCCUCUGUACACUCCCGCCCGCCUGCAGCAAAGGCACCAGCACUGCGUCCACUCAGGACAUAUAUAUAUAUUUCCUUUCUGUGUAUGUCUAGGAAUAAAUAAUAACUUAUUACU